AUGGCGACAGCGACUUUAGAUCCUUUUAAACUUCUUAACCUCGAAAAUGUCACUCAAGAACAGGCGUCAGCCUUAGAAGUUAUAACUCAGCAAUUCACAAUAUCCACUCAAAAAAUUACUGAGAUUAUACAGCAUUAUGUUAGUGAAAUGCAUAAAGGCUUGGAAAAAUCUGGUCAGACUCUGGCAAUGAUUCCUAGCUUUGUGAUUGGUAGACCAACCGGUAAAGAAGUUGGAACUGUUCUCGCAUUGGAUUUGGGUGGCACAAAUUUUCGUGUUUGCCUAAUAGAAUUCAAAGAAGGCAACGAGAGAAUUGUGGGACAACAAAAAUAUCGCGUAGCGGAAGAACUCAAAACCGGAAAAGCGACCGAAUUGUUUGAUUUUAUCGCUGACUGCGUCGGCAAAUUCCUUCAAGAAAUUGGGUAUGCAAAGAAAAACGAAAUAUUAGAUCUUGGCUUCACUUUUUCUUUUCCUGUGGAGCUAACGGCUAUCAAUAAGGGUACUUUGAAACAAUGGACCAAAGGAUUUGAAGCGGAAGGUGCCGUCGGAAAAGAUGUCGUUGAGAUGAUGCAAGAUUCAUUCAAUAGGAAACAAAUCCCAGCUCGUGUCGUUGCAUUAAUAAAUGAUACUGUUGGCACAUUAUUGGCACAUGCUUACAAAUAUCCAAAUGCUUUAGUUGGUGUGAUUCUUGGUACUGGUACUAACGGCGCGUAUUUCGAAAAAAUAUCAAAUAUUAAAAAGUUGGGCACUUUUAAAUCCAAAUCCGAAGAGAUGAUUGUUAAUAUGGAGUGGGGAGGUUAUGAUAACGAGCGUAAAGUACUUCCAAUCACCAUGUUUGAUAAUAAGUUGGACCGUGAAUCGAUAAAUCCUCGUGCUUACUUAUUCGAGAAACUCAUCUCGGGAAUGUAUCUUGGAGAGAUCGUGCGCAACAUUAUUAUUUACCUUAUUGAUCGUGAUCUUUUAUUUAAAGAUGUGCCAAUUAGCCACUCAACUUUCAAAAAAAUUAACGAGCAAUGGGGUUUCGAUACAGCUUGGAUCUCAAAAAUUGAGUCAGAUCAAAGUACAAAUCUUGAUGAAACCAAAGAGAUCUUUGAGAAACAUUUGAACAUAGGUUCAACCUCUCUAACCGAUCGACAAAUCACAAAGAGGAUUUGUCAGCUUGUUGGAAUUCGUGCUGCACGAUUAAGUGCUGCUGGGUUAGCAAGCGUGAUUACACAUCGAGACGCGAUCAAGACUGAAUGCAGCAUUGGAAUUGAUGGGUCGUUAUUCGAAUUCUAUCCAAAAUUUGACCAACGACUCAAAUCUACACUUUACGAAAUACUUGGACCUGAUGCUGAUAAUAUUCAUCUGGGACUCGCGAAAGAUGGAUCAGGUGUGGGUGCUGCGUUAGCUGCUAUGCUGGCAGUAAAAAACGCAUAG